UGCUGUUUUUGGUUUCAAUGGUGAUACUUAGUAUCCAAGUAAGGUCUGAAACAUGCUCAGCACCUGACCAUCACGUUAACAACUCCUAUUAUGGGAACAGUAGCUGUAUACGUAUGCCUACAUUGGACACCGGUUUAUUGUUUGUCAAGUGUCGUUUACGACAAAUGAGAGAUCUUGGAGAGCUUCUUCCUCACAAGAAUAGUGUGCACACUUUGGAUCUUUUUAAUAACAGCAUUGAUGGCAUUGAAGAUGACGUUUUUCUCUCAUUCGAUAGGCUUGUAACUCUGAAUUUGUCUCAUAACAGAAUACGACACAUAGGAAAAGAUGCAUUUCGCGGACUUGAAAGUCUUCAAAUACUAGAUUUAAGUUUCAACUUGAUGCAAACUUGGGACACCAUAGACGUCACGAAACAUUUGUCAUUCCUUAUACAACUCGAUGUCACUUCCAACCCACUAUCGUCACCAAUCACGCAAAUUGCAAGCCUCUCGAAUCUCACAACAUUCAAGGGACUGGUGUCCUAUAGCGAUCCGAUCAGACGCAACUGUAUAUGGUGUUCCUUGAUAAGGAAUCCUUACUCCUCACUGGAUGUUAAUAAGAGCAUAUUUCGAUUUCAAAUUAAUUGCUCUCGAUACACUAUAUUACCUCGUAUUAAUUUGUCUGCUUUUUGGAAACUCAACUUUUCAGUCAUUUGUCAAGAAGUGCCUUUACAUGCAAAACUCUGCUCCGCAUUUUGCAGCAGGCCUUAUCCAUCCUCUUAUUAUUCUGUCCAUAUUUCUCAUCUUUGCUUGCAGGAAAUCAUCAAAUGGACAUUACCCAACAUACCAAUUGGUGUCAUUGCCAUUGUUACUAACUCCAUUGUCAUGUUAACUGUCGCAUCUAGUAGAGCCUUAAGAAAGAACGUAGCUAUGCUUUUGGUGUGUAACAUGGCGCUGGGGGAUUUCCUUCUUGGAUUAUUUCUGGUUAUUCUCACGGUGCUUCGUCGUACCAUUUCAAAUUCUGAGUAUAUUGAGAUGUCGUUGUCUGCAGGAUUUUUUUGUGGUAGCUUACUAACUCUAGUUAUCACAGCGCAGUGCCUAAGUGUUCUUGUAGGGUUUCUCGUGGUGAUAGAGCGCUAUCUCUGUAUUGUGUUCAGUAUGAAUCCAGGAAUUAGGAUAACUAAAAGUAUUGCCAAACUUCUGCUGACAGGCAUUUGGUUUAUAAUCAUUAUUAUAGUAUCAUUACCCUUUGCUUUACACAUGUACCUAGUUCCCGAUGACUAUUCUUGUAUUAAUUACAAAAGUCCAGAAAGUCAUAGUACCUAUGUGCACUACCUUCAAAUGGUGAGUAUAGCUAUUUCUUCGUGCUCAUACAUCUUGUACGGUCACAUGUUCUACACAGUCAGACAGUCCGGACUUAACGUUGGGAUAAAAAGAGAUGUAAGAAUGGCCAAGAUGAUCUUGCUUGUCGUAAGUACGAAUAUAUUCUUUAGUGUCGCUCCAACGGCGAUAGUUUAUUGGACCGUAAAUCUUGAAACUGUCGGUAGUUCAGUAACUCGCUUCGCUAUUUGGAACACUGUUGGGCUGUUAUUCUACGGAGUUAAUUCUUGCUUAAACCCCUUUCUUUAUGCAUUCCGCAAUGACAAAGUUCUAUUUGAGCUGAAAAAACUUUUAAGAUAUAAAAGAAACCCAGUAACAGACGUUCCAAAACGGAACCCUCAGAGUACGAGGAGCAAGCUUGAAAACUCAGUGUUAGGUGUCCCUGAGCGGAAAAUUAGCUGAAUCGAUAAGAUUUCAAAUUCCAUACCAUUCUUCCUGUCUAUUGAAAGAUGUAGAAGUUCACGUAUUACCGUACCUAGAGUAGUCGAGAGAAUUAAAAAAAAAAGCUUUAUUUUUUUCGGGGAUAAUGUUUCCUCAUUUCAGAUCACGUGUCGUAUAUGUAUGCAUCUAGUUUCACUUGUUUUCUCUUGUGCAACCGUUUAACAAAUAAAUGGGUGUAGGAAUGUCAAUUGUUCUGAAGUAGGAACACUUUACACCCAAGCCAAAUUAAGAAUCUAUUCUUAAAAAAAUGUCGAGCGGCGAGGUAAAUAUUCCCUGAUAUUCACUGAGCCUGAGGCGAAUAAUUGUUUUAGUAUGUAUUUUUAACAAGUGAAUUUAAUGAAUAACGGAGAGAGAGUUUUUUGUGCGCGAGUUUAUAUAUUAACCUGUAGGUGAAUAUAGCAGCAUAAAUUUAGACGUAUAUUGGGACCAAUGAGCGCGCCGGAUUUAUCAUUUUGUAAAACUACUGAAUCGUAAAUAAACCUAGUUAAAUAGA